AUGCGAAUCUCGCUCCCCCGUAUCGUGGGACUUUCCAUUUUGGCAGGAUGCGCGGCUGCCUCUGUCCCCAAUAUCGAAAUCAAGGGAUCGAAGUUCUUUUACUCCAAUAACGACACCGAAUUUUUCAUUCGAGGCAUUGCCUAUCAGGAGAACUACAGCGGUGGAGGCGCCAAGGGAACCGGCGAGACCAGCAAAAAAACCUACGUCGACCCCCUCGCGAACGGCGACCACUGCCAGCGCGAUAUCGUCUACCUCCAACAACUGCGCACCAACCUCAUCCGGACCUAUGCCAUAGACCCAUCCAAUAACCACGAUGAUUGCAUGCAAAAGCUUGCCAAUGCCGGAAUCUAUGUCAUCAGUGACCUCUCCUCUCCGGAUAAUUCGAUCAAAGCCGAUGAACCCUCGUGGAAUGUCGAUCAAUACAAGCGGUAUACGUCGGUGAUAGAUGCUCUGCAGAAAUACGACAAUGUCAUCGGAUUCUUCGCUGGGAACGAAGUUGUCAACCAGCCCAACCAGACAGCCUCGGUUGCUUUUGUCAAAGCGGCGGCGCGAGACAUGAAGGCAUACAUCAAGAAGAAGGGUUACCGCAAGUCGCUCGGAAUCGGCUACGCGGCGACUGAUCAAAAGAAUAUCCGUCAGGACAUGUCGGCCUACCUGAACUGUGGAUAUCAGGACAGUGCCAUUGACUUCUACGGUUACAACAUCUACGAGUGGUGCGGUGACAAGACUUUCUCCUCGUCUGGGUACGAAGAGCGAACUGAUCAGUACAAGAACUUCUCCAUCCCGAUCUUUUUCUCUGAGUACGGAUGUGUGACCAGCGGGCCCCGAAGCUUCCAGGAUAUCCCUGUCCUGUACAGUGACAAAAUGAACGAUGUUUGGAGCGGCGGAAUUGUGUACAUGUAUUUUGAUGUUAGUGGAGGCGGCAACUAUGGCCUCGUCUCUGCAUCAGGUAACUCCGCAACCCCCGGAAAGGACUUCGCGGCGCUUUCAAAGCAGAUCAAAAGCGCGACUGCAACUGGCAUCAACAAGGCUAGCUACAGUCCAUCCAACUCCGUGCAGGAAUGCCCGACCGUCAACGCCAAUUGGCUGGCAAAAUCGAGUCCACUACCUCCAUCUCCCAACGGUGACCUUUGUGACUGCCUCGUGAACACCUUGGAAUGUGUCGUCGAAGACAACGUGGACCUUAAGGAUUACGGUACUCUUUUCGGUCAGGUCUGUGGCUACGGGGAGAGCAUUUGCGAUGAAAUCGCCCAUAACGCUACGACUGGUCACUACGGCGCCUACAGUGCUUGCAGUCCGAAGGAACAGCUUUCCCAGGUCAUGAACAGCUACUAUCUGAGCCAGAACAAGAGAGAGGACGCUUGCGACUUCGAGGGCAAGGCAAAAGUCCAGGUACCGAGUGGCUCUUCGAAGGACUGCAAGUACCUCAUGGCGGGAGGCACUGCAACUGUCAGUGCUGGAAGUACUGGGGCAACAUCUACCUCUAAAGGUGCUGCUGCCCAUGUGGUGAACCCGGCUAUUAUCCUUGUUGGUGGCUGGCUUGGUCUGGGCUCUUUAGCCGCAGCAAUUAUCAUCGGUUCUCUGAUGAUCGUUUUGUAA